UGAUGUAUCUGUAACCCAGCCUCCGUCUGCCUCACUAGCACACAAGUUGUAGAGAAAGACGAGAGGGAGACGGAGGGAAAGAAGGAGGAGAGGUUGUUGUCAGAAUGAGUCGGAAACAUAACAGUCCAGCGAUGGAAAGAAUUUACAGAUAGAUAACGCUAGGUGAAUAGAUAAAUAGUUGAAUAGCUAUAUUACCUAUCAGUUAGCGAGUGGAUGUCAGCUGUAUGUGAAGCAGAAGAAGAGAGAAGAAAAGGAGGAGAAACAUGAGCCGGCAACAGCAGCAGUCCCAGGGAGUGGUUUUAACGGGUUACCACAGCAACGCGGAACUGUUGCCGAAAACUGGACCGUGUGACCCCAGCUGUCCGCCAGCCCAGGACCUCGAAUCCACUGUGCCCAGUCGCAGAACAGGCCACUACACUGUUCAACAGAACCAGAACAUGCAUCACGGAGACAAAUCUGGCCCUUCCACUACCUCCAACAGUACAAGAACCACCAGCACUGACCCAGCGUCGCUACUAAACCCAAGCGUUGUCGCUUGCCCCAGGUCUCAGCCCUCCUCCAGCCCCAGACACAGUCCCAAUUCCAGGUCCAGACCGCGGCCACCAUGUCAGCGCUGCAACUCUCAGGAAUCUCUGGACGAGCUGGAGAUGGACGACUAUUGGAAGGAGGUGGAGAACAUCACUCGCUCAGGAGGAGGAGCAGGGAGGGGAGAAGGUGGAGGAGAACGGGAAGUGCAAGAGGAGGAGCAGCAGAAAAUUCCUGAGGAAGGUGAACAGGAGGAGGCUUGGCUUACAGAGGCGGGGCUAGCACGGCUGUUUGAUGAUUCACUAGCAGCUGACCAGGAUCAGGAAGAAGACAGCGCGGUGUUCCUGUCUACAUUGACCAGAUCUCAGGCGGCAGCUGUAGAACGUCGUGUGACAUCACUACAGCAGACAUGGCUACGGCGACGCAACCGGCAACACGUUCCCGAUGUCAGGGAUAUAUUCAGACCUCCUGAAAAGGAUGGGGAGCCUAGUAAACUCAAAGGGGGAAGUGAAAAUGGACAAAAAGAUGUCCCUUCAGCUGCAGAAACGGAGACAGAACUGAACGUUGAAGUGGCGUUUUCAGAGCAGGCGCUCACUUACAGGGACAACAACCAAAAGUUAAACGUCAUCGCUAGCCCUAACUCACCUGACGACAAAUUACCAAACUUUAAGCUGCUCCGAGAUAAAACAGGUCAAACCAGAAUAGGAGAUCUGUCUCCUCUGGAUAUGAAAAAGGUGCGUAGACUGGUGCUCGUGGAGUCGACUGCUCUGUUUGACACCGCUGGGAUAGACCUGAAGGCGCACAAAGCUGUCAAAGUUAAAACUAAAGAAAGUGGUCUAUUUGGUGUUCCCCUUGCCACUUUAUUGGAUCAGGACCAGAGGCGGGCUCCUGGGACCAAAGUGCCAUUCAUACUGCAGAGGUUUAUUAGUCAUAUUGAGGAGGAGGGAUUAGACACCGAGGGGCUACUACGGAUCCCUGGGGCAGCCACCAGAGUCAAGUCACUGUGCCAGGAGCUUGAGUCCUCUUUCUAUGACGGGAUGUUUCCAUGGCAACAGUUGAAGCAGCACGAUGCUGCUAGCCUUUUGAAGCUGUUCAUCAGGGAGUUACCCCAUCCACUGUUGACUGUGGAGUACCUCAACGCAUUUAUUGCUGUCAACAAGCUCCCCACAAAGAAGCAGCAGUUGCAGGCUUUGAACCUGUUGGUCCUUCUGUUACCUACGGCCAAUCGGGACACUUUGAAGGCACUAGUGGAGUUUUUCCAGCGUGUGAUUGACCACCAGGCCAAGAAUAAAAUGACUCUUAACAAUGUCUCUGUUGUCAUGGCACCCAACAUCUUCAUGUUCAAAGGUUUCCGCUCCAAAGUUACAGAACAACAGGAGUUCUCCAUGGCAACUAGCACAGCCAACAUCGUCCGGCUGCUGAUUCAAUACCAGAAUCUUCUAUGGACAAUCCCCAAGUUCAUUAUGACCCAGGUCAGACAACAAAACAUGGAAAGCCAUCGGAAACUAAAUAAAGAGAGGGCUGUAAGAAAGCUGCUGAAGAAGAUUACCACUGACAAACCAUCUGAUAAAGCUGGCUCUGAGGAGAGUUCACAGGGAUUUAUUCGAGUUCAAGCUCCACAAUUCAGCAAAGUGUCCAUGGCAGUUCAGCUUACUGAAGAGUUGCAGGCUGCUGAUAUAUUAACACGCUUCCUCAGCCAGGAGAGUUUAGUGGCAGUGAAACGAGAAGAGCUGUGUCUCUAUGAGAUUGGUGGAAACAUCGAGGAGAGAUGUCUAGAUGGGGAAACUUACAUGAAAGACCUCUUCCAGCUGAACCCUGCAGCAGAAUGGGUCAUCAAAGCUGUGCAGCGAUAAACUCGUUCUACCAUCAUGCCCUGUUGGAUAAUGGACUGCUCCAAAUUUUCCCCAAUGUAUGCUACUAAGAGCAGACGGCACCUGGAUCUCUGUGGUUUCUGCUGGUUCUGAAUGUACUCAGACUGUUUGCUUGUAGCAACUUGUUGCUUUAUGAGCACAGGUGGUUGCAUUGGUACCCUGAAAACUGCCAAAAAAAAUUGGACAACUAGUCCAAUGGCAGUUUUAAAACAUAUGAAUCCCUUUGGUGAAAUCUUUUUUUCAAUUAAUUGAACAACCACAUUGUCAAACAAGAACAAGGAAAAGUAUGUGCUUGGAUAUUCCACAACACAGACUUUUUUCCACUCUGCCUUAUACUACAUGUUGGAAUUUUGGGCCUCAGUUACCAUUAGCCUAAAGCAUCAGACAGUUGAUCAGGUGAAAUCAAACCACCUUGUCAUCUGUGGAGUCCUGACAGACCACUUUUGUUCUGUGGUUGAAAUAUACCGUUUCUCCCACUUCGUCAGCAAUUAAGCCACAACAUUGUGAUUCUUAAUAGUAUGUGAUACUGUAAGUAUUGCAGUUGUAUACUGUGAUUUAUUGCCACUAAUCACUUUGUUGUGUCUUCAGUAAUACGCUGAGAUAAUAUAGUUUGGGGCAAUAAAAUAUCAAAUCUAAUUAAAUCAUGAAUCAGUUACAUAACAUUUUAGGUCUAUUUUCUGUACAAUUAAUUUUAAGAAAAUUGGUUUUUAUUUAUUUUUAUUAAAAGCCCAAAAAGUAAAUAUGUGGUCACAAUAUUAAAUGUGAAUAUAUCAAAGCA